CAAAGCACGUCAACCCCCUCGCUAAAAGUUGGCUUCCUCAUUACUUAGUGGCUUGGGAAGAAAGAAACGAAGUAGCACACAAAGUUCAAACUUAAUUAUAUAAACUUUACUAUCGCGUUAGGGUUUGCUUCCAAACGCUACUACACAUUUCACGACCAAAUUGAUCGAUCCAUAGUGUGGUCAAGAAUGUCGAUAUUCGAGUACAACGGGAGUGCCCUUGUGGCUAUGGUCGGCAAGAACUGCUUCGCCAUUGCCAGUGAUCGGAGACUUGGUGUUCAGCUUCAAACCAUCGCCACCGAUUUCCAGAGAAUUUCCAAGAUCCACGACAAGCUUUUCAUCGGUCUCUCUGGCCUUGCCACCGAUGCUCAGACUCUCUACCAACGCCUCGUUUUCCGCCACAAAUUGUAUCAGCUCCGUGAAGAGAGGGAUAUGAAGCCCGAAACCUUCGCUAACCUUGUCUCUGCGCUUCUCUAUGAGAAAAGGUUUGGUCCAUACUUUUGCCAGCCAGUAAUUGCUGGAUUAGGAGACAAAGACAAACCAUUCAUAUGCACAAUGGAUUCAAUUGGAGCAAAGGAACUUGCCAAAGAUUUUGUUGUGGCUGGCACUGCAUCUGAGUCUCUUUAUGGUGCUUGUGAGUCGAUGUUUAAGCCUGACAUGGAACCCGAGGAAUUGUUUGAGACAAUCUCCCAAGCCCUGCUGUCGUCUGUAGAUCGUGAUUGUUUAAGUGGCUGGGGUGGACAUGUUUAUGUUGUCACACCAGGCGAAGUAAAGGAGAGGAUAUUGAAGGGAAGAAUGGACUAACUUUUAAGCCAACCAAGUCACCCAUUUCUUAUCAUUUUGUCAUCCUAGUUUGGAACUAAAUGACAGAUCAUUUAUCAUCAGUUGUGCAGAGAUGGGUACCUUGCUAUUGUGGUUGUUAAUUAAAUACACCUUGAAAAGUAUUUUCGAACGGUUUUAGUAUAAUGUUAAGAUGUCAGUGAAAAUAAUUAUUCUCGAGGCAGUCUUGUCGGGUGAAUUAGGUUAUAAAUGUUGGAAAAUUUAAAGGCGUAUUUAAGAAUUAGGAGGAAAGGAGAAGCGAUGGAGAGUUGGUAUAAGAACGAACCAGACUAUUUGUGUGGAACCCGUUGCACAAUUUACAAUUUACAUUGGAUCUUGGUCAGGAAGGCCUAUUGUAUCGUCUAGACCGAGCAUGGCUGUAAAUUCAAUUUCAGUGUGACUUG